AUGGGCGAAGAUAAUAAAGUAGACUUCCUCUCUUGUCGUAUCGCCUCGAUUGUCACACUCCUGCUGAGUGUCAUCAUCAACCUGAUUGUCAUCGCCAUAACAGCUUUGAAAAUCAGAGAGGGCUUGAGAGGGAAGAUGUUCUUUGUCAGCUUAUGCCUUAUUGACAUGCUUUAUGCAAUAAUAGUUAUGUCAAGCAUGAUCAAGGUCUCCUCGUCAACAACCUACGAGGAGCAUGUUUCUUCACUCCAAACGACAGCCAUCAUACAUUCUAUUUUGCUAACGGCAUCAUUUACACAAGAAUCACAUUUGUGGAUGAUAGCUUAUGAGAGAUUCUAUGCAGCAAAACACCCACUGAGAUACAGAGAAGUGUUCACAAAGAGAAGAAAAUACAGGAUGCUGAUAGCAAUUUGGCUACUGCCUCUUCUUCUUGGUACCACUGUGGUAUUCAUCAGUUACAUGACAAGGUAUCGUCGUUUGGUUCCAAUAAGCUUGGCCUCUGCCUUGGUGGUUACUGCUGCUGCAAUGGCCUACAUGUAUUUCAAGAUAUUUCAAUUCAGGAGGCGGGUGCAAAAUCAAGUUACUUCAGGUCCUGCUGGUUCUAACAGGAAAAAAGAAAACGAGAAACGCCUGGUGAAGAUCAGCCUAAAAAUUUUACUUACUUACAUCAUUUUAAAUUUACCUAUAACCAUAUUCCUAUUUCUUGCCGAUAUUCAGCAUACCCCAUGUAAUACAGCGCUUAAUGUUGGCACAAACGUUUCAGUUGCCGUUGCAGCUCUAAACCUUGGUUGCGACCCGAUGAUAUACCUUUCGCAUUUGAGAUGGCGCAGACUAAAUCAAAAAGCGAGCUGUAGUGGCAAUAGAUUGGAAGCGGCAACCAACUAA